AUGUUCUCCAAAGUGUUCACCCUUAGCGCCGUGUUGGCUGCCGCCAGCGCUGGUUUGCUGCCUUUCCACCACUCCGCAGUGUCGUCCCAGAGCAUUGUUCGCCACGACUCGCCGAUCCACUAUGCUUCUGCUCACUACGCUGCUCCUCUGGUUCAUGCUGCUCCCAUUGUGCACGCUGCCCCUCUUGCUCUAACUCAUGGUCACGAAUACUCUCAUCCCCGUUACGACUUCUCUUACUCCGUGGCGGACCAUCAUACCGGUGACCAUAAGAGCCAGCACGAAAGCCGUGAUGGAGGCGCCGUUCACGGCUCCUACUCCCUCGUCGAGCCUGACGGUUCCGUUCGUAAAGUAGACUACACUGCUGACGACCACCAUGGUUUCAACGCAGUCGUUCACAAGACCGCUGGACACCACCCUGCGCCAGUGGUACACGCUGCCCCCAUUGUCCACGCAGCUCCCAUCUCGCAUUACGCCGCCGCUCCCAUCUCACUUGGACAUCAUGGUCUCCUCCAUCAUUAA